AUGCACUCUUUCGUGUACAGAGCCAACGCUUUACUGACGUUCGCCGUCACAAUUCUGGCGCUGAUGUGCGCCAUGGCCUCUCUCUCCGACAACUUCAAUUCGCCUUCUCCCACCGCUGAAGUUCAAGUUUUGAAUAUUAAUUGGUUCCAGAAGAAACCUGACGGUGAUGAUGAGGUCAGUUUGACAUUGAAUAUAUCGGCAAACUUACAAACUUUGUUCACAUGGAAUACAAAACAGGUUUUUGUAUUUUUAGCAGCUGAGUAUGAAACCCCAAAGAAUGCGCUGAAUCAGGUUUCCUUGUGGGAUGGUAUUAUACCUACCAAAGAACAUGCACAAUUUUGGAUUCAUACGACAAACAAAUAUCGUUUUAUAGACCAAGGAAGCAACCUGCGGGGUAAAGGCUUCAACUUAACGUUACAUUGGCACGUCAUGCCAAAGACUGGCAAGAUGUUUGCUGACAAAUUAGCGAUGACUGGUUUCCGCUUGCCCGAGACAUAUAGAUGA